AUGCCAAAGGAGAAUAAAGAUGAGAUGCUCAAAGUUGUAAAGUUACGGUUCGAGAUCCCUAUCAUUGCCGAGAAGUGGAUUUUAAGCUCCAUCGGACUUAAAUGGAGAACUUGGAAGCAUCAUUUAAAAACGAGAUAUUGGGCUGACGUAUCUAUUGAGCAUUUAAUACAUGAUCAAGAUGAUAGAGUUUUAGAAGAUCAAUGGUUCAAUCUUCUUGCUUAUUGGAGAACCGAUAAUGCAAAGACAAAGGAACAAGGACAAUGCCCGACUCGUGCUCAACUGUUUAGCUCCUGUUUUGUUUCUUCAAAUGGAAACUCAAGUGGUGAUGUAUCGAGUAAAAUUGCAGCUAUGGCAGAAUAUAGGGAUCCGCUUUCGGAAGGUUCUGAAGAUGUAAUCGCUCCGAAUGAUAUAUUUGCCCAAGUUGUAGGGAAGGACAGACCUGGUCAAGUAAGAAUGAUGGGUCAAGGAGUGUGUCCCUCAGAUGUAUGGAAUGGAACUCCUAUAAACACAUCAGAUUGUUUACUAAGUGAGUAUAGAGAAAAAAUUGCACGACUAGAGGCAAUACUUGGAGCACAACAAAGACCUUGUGCUUCACAAGCAGACAGAAGGCCAAAUGCGAUAGCAUCUGAAUCUCUUUCACUACGUUCUACGACGGCUGAAACUGAUCAGGUGACUCCCAUUGAGUAG